AGCAAACUUGACUGCGAUGCAACUUCAUUCUUGGACGGAAAGCUCAUGAAGGCUGGCUAUCCCAAGCAUCCGGCUGAAUUCAGAGGAUAAAGCCCUUGCCGUGUUGAUCAUGGAAACUGUCCCUGCAGACUAUGGCAAACGCAUUUAUCAAGGCGUCCGGGUGAAGCACACAGUGAAGGACCUGUUGGCUGAGAAGCGUUUGAGACAGACGAGCAACUCACGGCUGAAUGGUAGUGUCACCACAACCCAGUCGUCAUUUGUCCCAUUGCCAGGUUCCUCCACCAUGUCCAGUUACUACGGAAUCCGAAGGUCCCUCAUGGCAGAGAUGGAUUUGCAAACCAAUAAGCAGAUCUCAAGUGAUGUCUAUGCUUCCUCCCUCGUCGCAAAGCCAUUUGCGUACGAUUCUCCAGUGGUUCAAGGUUAUCCUUCCCUCCUGGACACCCAUUUCAUUGACCAAUAUGUUGAUCACCGCGCCACCUCAGUCACCUCUGGAGCAUCCUCGCUCUUUGGAGCCUCACCAUUGACGUCGGUUGUGCCAUCUUUUCCAAGCGACUCAGCCCACAUUUUAGCCAGGGACACCUGGGACCAGACCUUACCUGACAGCCUCAGCCCAUCAGAUACCUGUUCAGAAUCCCUCCAGGUACCUCCAUCCACCAGUUGUCUUUCCUCUCACGAAGCAGGAACAUCUUCCCAGUACCGAAGCCCCAGCUGGAGUUCCUCCAUCUCUGGAACACAAGCCUAUUCCUUCCACGCGCUUGAAGAUGUCCACUAUGCGACUGGCUACUCCGCUUCCUCCUCAUAUCCUUUCUCAUCUUUUAUGGCCCCAGUGGCCAGCGACCUCACCCCAAAGGGAUUCCACGCUUCCUCAGAAGAUCCCUCAGAUGCAACAACAACAUCUCUCAAUGACAGCAGCUCUCUUUGGCCAAAGGAAGAUGGAAACCCACUCUGGGGGUCAUACGAAUGCCGAAGGACUUACUAAACCAACAGGGAAAACCAAAGCCACUUUA